GAAUGGGAUAAAUCGUAAGCGUAGGCGUAGCAGUACAGUAGAUCUUAAACUUUACAGGCUAGAUACACUGCAGUGAAGCCAGAGAUUGCUUGCUGAUUUUUGGGUUGUUAUAAUGAUCCAUAAGAGUUCUAGAGUCACACUUCGCUUAAGAUGAGCACAACAACAUCUGGUAAAGAUCCUGAGGUGAAUACCUUCAUCAGCUCUGCAGCAGUCAUCAAGUUUUCAGGUGGCUCCGUUGGCACAGAAGAAUGGACAGACUCCGAAGAUGAGGGUGACGCAACGGAUUCCAGGACGUCUGAUGACCCUCAAAAAUCCAUCCUACGCAAUAAGAACAAGACUGAUGCUCCAUCGGAAAACACCCUGGACAGCAUGGAGAGGGACUACAGGGAAAGGACUAAAGAGGGCAGUGUUCAUAGAGAUGUUAUUGCAAAUGGAAAUGUGAAUCAUAAAACUUCAGGAAACCUGAUCCAGCCACAGGUAUCAAAUUUUCAAACGAACACAGAUAGAGUUAUAAAACAAGCCGCCAGUGAUUCAAACUCGACAUUUCGGUUGCAGCAGGGAAAAACAGCAGAUUUUCAGAGUGGAACUUCCAAAAAGAGAAUGGAAGACAAUUUAUUGCCAGAAUCACCGUUUCCUGAGGUGGAGGUAGUUUCUAGAAGACAGGGGAGUUAUGAUGAGUCGCAGAAUCCAUUUUCAGAUGUGCCUUGUGAUGGUGAAGAUGUACAUAUUCGAAAUGGUCAUCAUAAUGCUGGUUCCAGGAAUCAUAGCUUUGAUGAGAGGCAUGACCAUUCUUACUCCUAUGACGCAGAUUUAGAUAUCAGCUUGCCUUCAGAAGACCAAGAUCUAGCUGAAAUCACAAAUGAAGACCUAGGAGUGGGACUCACUGAAAAUCACUUCUCUCAGCCAGAGGGUAUUUUUGGAUUCUCUCGCACAGAGGAGCUAGAAUUAGCAAUAGAGGAAUGUAAAGAGUCAGUGAAGGCAUCCCCAGAACACUCCGAGAACAGACGCAAGAUGGUGGCAAAACUAGUACAACUCAGACUUAAACUACUCCAAAUCAAAGAAGGGGAUGAAGAAGAGGAGAAGGAAGAUGUGAAAGUUGUUCUUGGUCAUCGUUUCUAUCGGAUGCACGGAAAGAGUCUGAAUGACCACUGUGAGGUCUGUCUGUCGGUCAUCUGGGCUCUUCUCCAGACGUGGUACAAGUGUAGUGAAUGUAAUUUUGGUUGCCAUGGCAAGUGCCUUAAUUUAGUCAAAAGAAAGUGUGUGAGUGCAAAGGUUUCACGGCUAUGUUUUGAUCUCAAUAUUUGUCCAGAGAAAGGUCUAUCACCUCAAAACUAUAGGUGUGCAGAAUGCAGGGCUCCUCUUGCCUUCAGUGGAACACAGUCGGAGCCUAGGCUGUGUGAUUACAGUGGUCUGUAUUAUUGUAGCUUGUGCCAUUGGAAUGACCUGGAAGUAAUACCAGCAAGGGUCAUUCAUAAUUGGGACUUUGAACCAAGAAAAGUAUGUCGGCAAUCUAAACAGCUUCUCAAACUGAUGUGCAGCAAGGCUGUUCUUAGAAUUCAAGAUCUGAACCCUUUACUCUUCAACUACGUCGAGGAACUCAGCCAGAUCAAGAAACUGAGGGAGGAGAUUCUGAUCAUGAAGGUUUACUUUCUUUCUUGCCGAAGAGCCUUGGAACAAAAACUACUCAAACAACUCCAGAUCAGACCUCACUUUGUUGAGAACAGUGACACCUAUUCCCUCCAAGAUCUUAUAGAUACAGAAGAAGGCAAUCUGCUCUCCGAGCUAGCUACAAUACAUGGAGACUAUGCAGUUCACAUACGAGUUGAUUGCCAGAUAUGCCAAGGCAAGGGUUUUAUAUGUGAGAUAUGCAAUUCCGAUGAGAUUCUGUUUCCGUUUGAUAUGAUAGCUACGUUAUGUGCCAACUGCUCGGCCGUCUACCACAGGGACUGUUUCUACAAGCGGUCAGGUGAUUGUCCAAGAUGUGCCAGGCUCUCCCAGCGAGCAUCCGCUGACCGGCCGGCCUCAAGCCCUUCAAGACCCAUCAGUAAAUGACCAAGAUAGAUGACCAUAGAUGACCAUUCAUGAGAACAGGUGAUACGGGUGAAAGAUCUCAUUUGAAUCAUUAUUCCUGGAAAAAAAUUAAUUAAAAUGAAUAUUUCUGAUUUAUUUUUUCAUUUCAUGUGGAAGCAUUGUGAUGUAGUGGUUCUGAAUCUUGCCUUCUAAUCAGAGGGUCAUGUUUUAAUCUCAUAGUGGCA